AUGCCCUUAGGCAUUGGAAAAUCCAAAAAGGAGGUCUUUGAAUCUGUUCUAGUGGCUGUGAGAAGAAAGUUAGAAAGCUGGAAGAACUCUUUCCUAUCCACAACAGGAAAAGAGGUACUUAUCAAAUCUGUUCUCAAUGCUAUCCCUGUUUUUAUCAUGUCAGUGUUUUGUCUGCCUAAAGGAAUAUGCAAGGCAUUUUCCAAGUUAUGUGCCAUUUUCUGGUGGAGUUUUGGAGAUCUUAGGGUGGACUGGGCUUUUCAAGAUGUGCAGUUGUUCAGUGAUGCCCUAAUUCUCAAGGAGAUAAGGAGAUUACUUACAAGUAUUUCCCCAGUGGAUCAGUCCUUGAAGCUUAGAAAACUUAAAGCUCUUCUUGGGUGUGAUUGCUGGCUGACAGUGAAAAACUCCUAUCAACAUUUUCUUAAAAGAGAAGUCAAGGAUGGAAUCAAUACCAGAAUUUACAAAAACCCUUGGUUACAGGGAACAAAGACUGACAUCCCCAGUUUCAAGGCUAACUGUAAUCAUCAAUUAACAAUGGUCUCUGAGCUGAUGGAGGAGGGACACAAACAUUGGAAUGGAGCUAUUAAAGAAGUCUUUGAUGAAGCAGUGGUUGAGCAGAUCCUGAAAAUGAGGAACCUUGAUCCUUUCCAAAAAGACAAAUGGGUGUGGAGUGUAGAUACAAAAGGAAAAUUUUCUGUCAACUCAGCUUAUUCUUUGUUUGUGCGGAACAAGGUUUUGAUUUUGGAUAGAACAGAAGGUAGUGUCUCGGGAGUUAAAGAGAAACAGUUUUCUGGUACUCUACAUGUAGCUAAUAUUCUCAGGAAAAGAGGAAUGGAUGUGGAUUGGGGUACAUUCAAAGACUGGUGGUGGCAAGUUAUUGAACUUAACAAAUCUGAGAUUUCUGAGGCUCGUAUCCAGCUUUCCACUUAUAUUCUUUGGUGGUUGUGGAAGGCCCAAAAUUUAUGGGUGCUUCGAGAGGAGUGGCUUCCUAAAAGGGUGAUAGUGAAGAAUGCUAGGCGUGAAUGGAGUGAAUUCCUUUCGAGUAGAACAAAGUAA